GAUAGACAGUUCGGUGCGGUUCUCCACCCCCUCCCCUCCAGCUGAGUGGAGGAGUUGAUGUGUCUCAUUAUAACAGCCAAUGCAGCCGCCAUCCACGCACAAGCAAAGAAGCAUGUCCCAUUUAAAUACACCCACGCAGCCCCAGCGCCCUUAGCCGAUCGGGGCGCGCAGCCCACACGCACCGCUGCUCCGGGCUUGGAGAUCCGCGCACGCUGGGCUCCCGGACCCGGCGGACCGGAGCGAGGAGGCUCGAGCUCUGGCUCUGUGGGGCCGGGGUGGGCGGAGGAGGCUGGGCCCGGGGCCUCUGAAGCUACACCCGCAUGAGGACGACGCGAGUGAAAUAGACCAAGGUGGAAUUUCCAGGGAAGAAGCUUCGGGGUGGUUUUGAUCCAUUUCUCCAGCGAAGAAGUAGACAUGGCGAGCGACUCCCCGGCUCGCAGCCUGGAUGAAAUCGAUCUCUCGGCUCUGAGGGACCCUGCGGGGAUCUUUGAACUGGUGGAACUUGUUGGAAAUGGAACAUACGGGCAAGUUUAUAAGGGUCGUCAUGUCAAAACAGGCCAGCUUGCAGCUAUUAAGGUUAUGGAUGUCACAGGGGAUGAAGAGGAAGAAAUCAAACAAGAAAUUAACAUGUUGAAGAAAUAUUCUCAUCACCGGAAUAUAGCUACAUACUAUGGUGCUUUUAUCAAAAAGAACCCUCCAGGCAUGGAUGACCAACUUUGGUUGGUGAUGGAGUUUUGUGGCGCUGGCUCUGUCACUGACCUGAUCAAGAACACAAAAGGCAACACAUUGAAAGAAGAGUGGAUUGCAUACAUCUGCAGAGAGAUCUUACGGGGGCUGAGUCACCUGCACCAGCACAAAGUGAUUCAUCGGGAUAUUAAGGGGCAAAAUGUCUUGUUGACUGAAAAUGCAGAAGUUAAACUAGUGGACUUUGGAGUCAGUGCCCAACUUGACCGCACGGUGGGCAGGAGGAACACUUUCAUUGGGACGCCCUACUGGAUGGCACCGGAAGUCAUUGCCUGUGAUGAAAACCCAGAUGCCACAUAUGAUUUCAAGAGUGACUUGUGGUCUUUGGGAAUCACCGCCAUAGAAAUGGCAGAAGGUGCUCCCCCUCUCUGUGACAUGCACCCUAUGAGAGCCCUCUUCCUCAUCCCCCGGAACCCCGCGCCUCGGCUGAAGUCUAAGAAGUGGUCAAAAAAAUUCCAGUCAUUUAUUGAGAGCUGCUUGGUAAAGAAUCACAGCCAGCGACCAGCAACAGAGCAACUAAUGAAGCAUCCAUUUAUACGAGACCAACCAAAUGAGCGCCAGGUCCGCAUUCAACUCAAGGACCAUAUUGAUAGAACAAAGAAGAAAAGAGGAGAAAAAGAUGAGACAGAAUAUGAGUACAGCGGAAGUGAGGAGGAAGAAGAGGAGAAUGAUUCCGGGGAGCCCAGCUCCAUCCUGAACCUGCCUGGGGAGUCCACCCUGCGGCGGGACUUCCUGAGACUCCAGCUGGCCAACAAGGAGCGUUCAGAGGCCCUGCGAAGGCAGCAGCUGGAGCAGCAACAGCGAGAAAAUGAGGAGCACAAGAGGCAGCUGCUGGCUGAGCGCCAGAAGCGAAUCGAGGAGCAGAAGGAGCAGCGGCGGCGGCUGGAGGAGCAACAAAGGCGAGAGAAGGAGCUGCGAAAGCAGCAGGAGCGGGAGCAACGCCGGCAUUAUGAGGAGCAGAUGCGCAGGGAGGAGGAGAGGAGGCGCGCAGAGCAUGAGCAGGAAUACAUCAGGCGACAGUUAGAGGAGGAGCAAAGACAGUUAGAGAUCUUGCAGCAGCAGCUACUGCAUGAACAAGCUCUACUUCUGGAAUAUAAGCGCAAGCAAUUGGAAGAACAGAGACAAGCAGAAAGGCUACAGAGACAGCUAAAGCAAGAGAGAGACUAUUUAGUUUCUCUUCAGCAUCAGCGGCAGGAGCAGAGGCCCCUGGAGAAGAAGCCACUGUACCAUUACAAGGAAGGGAUGAGUCCUAGUGAGAAGCCAGCAUGGGCCAAGGAGGUAGAAGAACGGUCAAGACUCAACCGGCAGAGUUCACCUGCCAUGCCUCACAAGGUUGCCAACAGGAUUUCUGACCCCAACUUGCCCCCAAGGUCGGAGUCCUUCAGCAUUAGUGGGGUUCAGCCUGCUCGAACACCCCCUAUGCUCAGACCUGUUGAUCCCCAGAUCCCACAGCUGGUGGCUGUAAAAUCCCAGGGACCUGCCUUGACCGCCUCUCAGUCGGUGCAUGAGCAGCCCACAAAAGGCCUCUCUGGAUUUCAGGAGGCUCUGAACGUGACCUCUCACCGUGUUGAGAUGUCACGCCAGAACUCAGAUCCCACCUCUGAAAACCCUCCUCUCCCCACUCGCAUUGAGAAGUUUGACCGAAGCUCUUGGUUACGACAGGAAGAAGAUAUUCCACCAAAGGUGCCUCAGAGAACAACUUCUAUAUCCCCGGCAUUAGCCAGGAAGAAUUCACCUGGAAAUGGUAGUGCUUUGGGACCCAGACUAGGAUCUCAACCCAUCAGAGCAAGCAACCCUGAUCUCCGGAGAACAGAGCCUGUCUUGGAAAGCUCCUUGCAGAGGACUAGCAGUGGAAGUUCCUCCAGCUCCAGCACCCCCAGCUCCCAGCCGAGCUCCCAAGGAGGCUCCCAGCCUGGCUCACAGGCAGGAUCCAGUGAACGGACCAGAGUUCGAGCCAACAGUAAGUCGGAAGGAUCACCUGUGCUCCCCCACGAACCUUCCAAGGUGAAACCAGAAGAAUCCAGGGAUAUUACCCGGCCCAGCCGACCAGCUAGCUAUAAGAAAGCUAUAGAUGAGGAUCUGACGGCAUUAGCCAAAGAAUUAAGAGAACUACGGAUUGAAGAAACAAACCGCCCACUGAAGAAGGUGACUGAUUAUUCCUCCUCUAGCGAAGAGUCAGAGAGCAGUGAGGAAGAAGAGGAAGAUGGAGAGAGUGAGACCCAGGAUGGGACAGUGGCUGUCAGUGACAUACCCAGACUGAUACCAACGGGAGCUCCAGGAAGCAACGAGCAGUACAAUGUGGGAAUGGUCGGAACGCACGGGCUGGAGACCUCUCACACAGACACUUUUAGCAGCAGUAUUUCAAGAGAAGGAACCUUGAUGAUUAGAGAGACAGCUGGAGAGAAGAAGCGAUCUGGCCACAGUGACAGCAAUGGCUUCCCUGGCCACAUCAAUCUCCCUGACCUGGUGCAGCAGAGCCAUUCCCCAGCUGGGACCCCACCCGAGGGCCUGGGGCGUGUUUCCACCCAUCCCCAGGAGAUGGACUCCGGGACUGAGUAUGGCAUGGGAAGCAGCACCAAAGCCUCCUUCACUCCAUUUGUGGACCCCAGAGUAUACCAGACGUCUCCCACUGAUGAAGAUGAGGAGGAUGAAGAGUCAUCAGCUGCAGCUCUGUUUACUAGCGAACUUCUUAGGCAAGAACAGGCCAAACUCAAUGAAGCAAGAAAGAUUUCCGUGGUAAACGUAAACCCAACCAACAUUCGGCCUCAUAGCGACACACCAGAAAUCAGAAAAUACAAGAAACGAUUCAACUCAGAAAUACUUUGUGCAGCUCUCUGGGGUGUAAACCUUCUGGUGGGAACUGAAAAUGGCCUGAUGCUUUUGGACCGAAGUGGGCAAGGAAAAGUCUAUAAUCUUAUCAAUAGAAGGCGAUUUCAGCAGAUGGAUGUGCUAGAAGGACUAAAUGUUCUUGUGACAAUAUCAGGAAAGAAGAAUAAACUAAGAGUUUACUAUCUGUCCUGGUUAAGAAACAGAAUAUUACACAAUGACCCAGAAGUGGAAAAGAAACAAGGCUGGAUCACUGUUGGGGACUUGGAGGGUUGUAUUCAUUACAAAGUUGUUAAAUAUGAAAGGAUCAAAUUCUUGGUGAUUGCCUUAAAGAAUGCUGUGGAGAUAUAUGCUUGGGCUCCUAAACCAUAUCAUAAGUUCAUGGCAUUUAAGUCUUUUGCAGAUCUUCAGCACAAGCCUCUACUAGUUGACCUCACUGUGGAAGAAGGUCAAAGGUUAAAGGUUAUUUUUGGCUCACACACUGGUUUCCAUGUAAUUGAUGUUGAUUCAGGAAACUCUUAUGAUAUCUACAUACCUUCUCAUAUUCAGGGCAACAUCACUCCUCAUGCUAUUGUCAUCUUGCCUAAAACAGAUGGAAUGGAAAUGCUCGUUUGCUAUGAGGAUGAGGGGGUGUAUGUGAACACCUAUGGCCGGAUAACUAAGGAUGUGGUGCUCCAAUGGGGAGAAAUGCCCACAUCUGUGGCUUACAUUCAUUCCAAUCAGAUAAUGGGCUGGGGCGAGAAAGCUAUUGAGAUCCGGUCAGUGGAAACAGGACAUUUGGAUGGAGUAUUUAUGCAUAAGCGAGCUCAAAGGUUAAAGUUUCUAUGUGAAAGAAAUGAUAAGGUAUUUUUUGCAUCCGUGCGAUCUGGAGGAAGUAGCCAAGUGUUUUUCAUGACCCUCAACAGAAAUUCCAUGAUGAACUGGUAACAGAAGAGCACUUGGCACUUGUCUUCAUGGCGUUAUUUCUAAUGUAAAAGAACAUAACUCAUGUGGACUUAUGCCAGUCUAGAGGCAGAAUCAGAAGGCUUGGUUGAACAUACGCUUUCCCCUUUUCCUCUCCCUCCACCCCUCCCAAAAGAGUCCAUCUUUCAGUGUUGCAGCCUGGUUGCGAAGGAGAGAAAAAGGUGGCAGGAAUGUCCAGGAGAUCCCCCAAGGAUGCUGAGUUAUUUGUGGACAAAGAUGGACCAUGUACCCUUCGGAGUUAGGGAUAGAAACAAAUAUUGUGUGCUCUUAUGAUUAAGCUGUGUUAUGGUGGCGUUUGAAUUUUUUUACCUUUUCCUUUAACCCCUUAUUUUGUAAGAAUGGGAGAGAUAUAUACUGAAAAAAUGAAUCUUUUUAAUUGUCUGCCUGCUAGUUUUAAGUAUACAAUAUGUUGUAAAAUUUCCCAUUUCCAACGGUAAGAGACAGCACAAUAAAUGUACCUUAUCUCCUUACGCUGAAGACCAUAAACUGCAUAGUGGGGAUAAUUUAAGAACUCUUGCCUUCACCAACCCAAAUGGUUGCUUUUUGACAGCAACUGGCUAAUGAGUUUUUAAAAGAGAAGAAAAAUACUAGUUUUCCCCUCUUUUGGGAAAUAGAUUUUAAAUGGCUAAACUACUAGCCUUAGUCUAAUAAAAUCAACCACCACUUUUGUGAUUCUCACAGGCCAUAUUUUCAUGUGGCCCUUUAUAGAAUGGAAUACGUUGAAUGGGAUAGAAAUGCCAUUGAGUUGAGUGGGCCUAGCGACUGAGGAGGGACUCUAAUGCAACUUUCCCUCAGCUGUUAUGCAACAAAUCAGGGCAAAAGAUGGGGCGACAGACGGGUCAGACAGGAAGAGCUUCUGGGAAACAAGUAUAUAUAUAUAUCCUUUUUUAAAUGCACAAAGCCUCCCAGUUAAGAGGUCACUUGGUUUGGGCUUCAUUAAGACUGAGACUUUGUUGAGUUCUUUCUGGGCCUUGGGGAAUGAAUGAUAUUCAGUCUCUGGACAUUCCCAACUCUCUCGUGAGGGUGCCACUUUCUCAAGAUGAAAACUGUGACUGAAAACAAUUAAUAAUAAAUGUUUUUGAGCUGCCUGUGUUUUCCCUGGGUUGGUGAGAGAAGGGACUAGAGUCCUGAGCCUGCCUCAGAUGCAGCAGGCUCAGGUUUUAGAGAACUUGAAAACAAGGCUUUUGGCCAAAAUUUUGAGACCCUAAUCACUUUACCUUCCUCCAAAAUACCCAACAUACAGUAAACAACAUUUGUGCAGAGAUAUGUAUGUAUUUAGUUCAGGUUGACUUGUGUCCUUAUAAACUCUUACUCGAAUGAUUUGAACUUUUACGUGACUGUCUGAGGUUUUUUUCCAAAGCUACAAGCAUGGCCGCCUGUGGUAUCAAGGUGUUGCAAAACAAUAUCUGUGUUGUGCUUCCUGUUUUAACCUACCUCGUUUUGUUAAUUUUCGUUUCACUGUUCAUCACAGCAGUGUUAACUCCAGGAGACAUAUAGAGAGCUCAACUGGCAAUCUCAGGUGUAUUUAAUAUUUUUAAAACAUAACAGUAGUUGGCCAAAUUGUUCUUUAAAAUACUAGUGGGGGGAUCCAACAAAAAUUAAUGUGGCUUCUUUUGGAGAAAGCAAUUACUAUAAAUGGAAACCCCUCCCCCAAAAAAGUGAUCCUUUUGAUGUUGCCUAAAUACUUGAGCAGCUGAUGUACUAUUAAUGAGAACGAAACACACGUUAGGAAAAUGGUGCCGUUUCAAUCUGGUUUGGGCAAGUGGGGGAAAGGAAAAGGAAAUAUUCUCAUUUUUGGUUUAGAUAUUUAUGCCCCACCCACCCUAAAAGUUGCCAUUUUCAUUUAUUUUUUAAGCAGGUAACACGGGAAUAUAAUUGAGGAUUAUCUUCAGGCAAUCACCAAGAUGUCCUCAUCAUGGCCCCUUUUAGCUCUCAGAAACAAUGAAAUGCUCCCGUUCUCAUUUUUACCGCUGUGAUUAUGCUGCUGAACAAUACUAUCUUCAGAAAUUCCAUGCAACAAAUUCAGCAAUAACUUUUUGGAUUGAAUUUAGCAACUACUGUAAUUGGAUAUUAAUAUGGACAAAAUAUAUUGAUUUGGGUCUCAUCCCCAAAUGUGAUUGCCACCAGCUCUUUAUAUUGCUGCUGUGGUAUUUUAAACCAGAUGCUUUUUUAAAUUAUGUUGCAAACUGAUCUUUGUUUUUAUGUUUUGUUUUGUUUUUAUUUCUAAGUGAUAAGUUCAAAACACACAGCUUUAAAUGAUUUUUUAUUGUGGGAAUUUUGGGUACAGUUAAGAAAUAAAAGGGAAUCAUUGUGUUCAAACAUAAGGUAGUUUGUGAAUGUAUUUUUUAAAAUCUAGAUUCAUUGAAGCAAGAAAUCAUAAGAAAACAAUAUUAAUGCAGUCUUGUUUACAGUAUGUACAGUGGCAUAACAUAGAACAUGAGCUUUUCUGGUGCCAACAACAAUAAAACACAGACGUUAACCAUCAAGCCCUGCCUUUUAUAUUUUUGUACAAGUCGUUUACACUGAUUAUAAGGCAAAACCAAAUUUAAAAGGGUCCUGCACAAAUCUGCUCCUUAAGACAUAUUUAUAGAAUUCCUUGAAGCUUGUAUCGUCAGAUAGAGAUAAUUCUCCAUCUGGACAGGCCCCAGCCCUAAUAUAGUGUAUUCUUGUGGCUCACACAGUUCUCAGUGUUUUGGUUGGCUUUAAUUUUUCUUUCAGAGGGGUGUUUAUUUCAUUCAUCUUAAUAGUGUCUU